UCUUUAAACUUUAAGUACUUUAACCUCGUUUUGAGUAAAUGCAAAAAGCUAGAAACUAACUUAAGGUAGUUUUUGUGCGUAAAGGGACACAAGCAAAUGACUCUAAUAAAACAGUCAGCAAUUUAAAGACAUUGUGAGUUUGAGAUAUAUCUCGCAGAUAAGACCUUUGUUAGGUUUUAUUUUCCACUGAAGUCAUCAUGACGAAUGCAACAUCAAUCAGCUUGCUAUUCCUGGUGAUAUUCUUCUUCUCUCACACUCAAGGGGCAAAGUCUUCAAAUUUUACUAUACCAGCACAAGAUGGCGUUUUAAACAGUGAUGUGAGCAAACACGUUCACAUUGAUAAUUCAACAGCCAUUGUUCGUCUUUCUUCACAUGUUACAAAUGAAUGUAAAGUUGUUGUCAAGAACGCGAGUAUAAAAAUAUUUCAACAGGUUCUGAAAAAACAUAAUCCUCAUUUUGUACAGUUUCAUAUUCAGUUGCAGAAUAAGACUCAUUUAUAUAAAGUAAACAAAACAGCAGACGUGUUUCAACCUGGAAGAUGGUACUGGACACUUGGAUUUGAGUCUAAACCAUAUCAAUUUCUAUCAUGGGAUAUAAGAUAUGGUAUUUUCUCAUUUGGACUGUUAGACUUUAAGACAUCACUUGUACCAAAGAUUUUUAUGGAGGUUAAUGAGGAAUGCAAUUUGACAUUGGGAACAGAAGAAACAUCAUCCAUUAUCACAAAGGCUUUAAUUCCUCUCAUAACUACCGGUAAACCAGUUAGAAAUAAGGAAAACUUUUUCUGUUAUCUCACUAUCGAUCAUACUUUGCGGGAUAAAAUAGUCUACUUAGUGUCGGUGUACUUCUUAUACCCUAGCACAUAUAUAAACUACAACUGUUGUUUCCUCAAGUACAAUUUUACGAAGGAAACUUUUAAUGAUAACUGUUCUAAAGAAAAAGGUCAAAAAUACUUGACGCAUGUGAUAUCUAUCAACAUAAUCCUUGGCAUUUUGAUAAGCGGAUUCUGCCCGAUACCAUUAUUUAAAUUGUUCGCUUGGCUUAGUCAAAGUGAUGGUAGUGAUGAAGAGAAAGAUAAGGAAGAAUGGGUAUAUGCAAACGGAGAGCAUCCUCUUUCAUUUUUUGAUGUUAUGAGCCUUGAGGGGAUCGGAAUCGACAAAAAAUGGCCAGUGUUGGCUUCAAGAAUCAGAAGAUUCUUUUGUCUUAUAUUGGCACCUUUGCUAAUUUAUAUUGAGCUGUAUAUGUAUUCUGGUGGUCUUGGCGUUUGGAAAAAAGGGGAUAAGAUUAUUGUCAAAGAGUUAGUAGACGUAGGAAUGCCUGUUGGUUUCAUGGCACUUCUAGGUGAUCCAAGUAAUAGACAUAAAGUUUUUGUACCGGCAUUAGGGGGCCCAGUUGGCAUCACUACUCUAUAUUUUCUUCUUGGUUUCCUGUAUUUAGUUUUACCAAAAUCUCUUAAAAGUGUUGUAAACAAUGGGUUGCCUAAUUCAGAUGCUCUUUAUGAAAGAUUUGGUAUCAAUUCCGACACCGAAGGACAACGUCUUAGCUGCAUAGUUAUAAAGUCACCCCUUUUAUUCGGAGCGAGGGAUAUUAUAAAGAUGUCCCAGAUCAAUGUUGGCGCAGGUUCGUUGGAAUGUGGAUACACAAAAGGUGGUACUCUAAUGAGAUGUAACUUUUAUAUGUUGUUUAAAUCGCAGUUCUGGUGCUUAGUCUGGCAUAUACAAAUUAGCAGGAUAUGUUUUAUCCGUGACCGAAUGCCAAUGCUUUUGUGCUUGCUCAGUGUUGUUUUUAUACCUAUAUAUAUUGCAAUUUGUCUCGUAGAAAUUUUGAUGUGUAUUUUAUAUUUCGGAGUACCGUUUUUCUUUUUCUUAAUUAUAAUGAUAAGAGCGGCUAUGAAAAUGAUUCCCGACUUAAGGGGAAAAUAUACAGUAUUUUCGUACCUAUUUAGUUUUCGUUUCACGAGAUGCCUCUGUAAUUUUUCUUUAUUAAUAUCCAUUUUGUUAUUCGCUUACUGUAUUUACUUAUUGAUAGUUGCAAGCUUGAAGUUUGUCUCUCAAAUAAUAACAUACUGUUUUGUUGCUGUUGUUGUGUUUCCUUCGGUUUCUUUUGGCAAUCUUUUUCUUCUUGUCGUUAUUGCAUAUUAUGUAAUACGUCAAUUAAAGCUAUUCAGCUAUAAUUAUACAUCAGUUCUUUUUUCUGCAGUGGCAAUAUCAAAAAGGAUUAAAGAGACACAAAAUCACGUGACUUGUUUCAAUGGUAAUUUAGCUAUUUCAAACGUUAUGUUUGAAGAACUUGAGGAAAUCGAAAUUAAUGGAAGAUUAUUGGAUACUUCUCAAAAUAUCCAUAUAACAAGCAAUUUUGAGGGUCUAAUUGAAAUGAAAAUGAAUGACCACAGCUAUGGCAUACCAAAAGAGCUUUUUCAAUUGCUCAUUCGUAAAUAUCGCCCUAUACACAAACAUGUUCUGUCGUUACUAUUUAGAGUUUCAGUUUUAAUAUUUUGGGUACUCCUUUUCCUUACUAUAACACACAACUAUAGUUUAAUACCCGAUGACCAAAUAACAGAAGUACUUCACGUAAUACUUAUCAUCGCUGUUGGCGCAUUACCAAAGCUCAUAGAAUCUGAUCAUAUCAGUCAUUCUAAUACGCCAAAGGACAAAAUAGAAAAGAAAUUCAUGGAGCAGACGAUUAUUGAGUACUGGACUCAAAGACAAAUAUCAUGAAAAUGUUUAUGCUGCUGAGAUAAAUCCAGCUUUGUUUCAGACAUUGAGUACACAAUAUACUAAUAAACAUAAAGAAAUAUCAAUUUUCAUGAAUGUCUUGAAAAAAUAGUGAUGCUUUACUUUGUGGCUAUUUAAUAUAAAUUUGAAAAUGUU